AUGGCUCCGGAGUAUGCAAUGCACGGGCAAUUCUCGAUAAAGUCGGACGUGUUUAGUUUUGGAGUGCUCGUUUUGGAGUUGGAGAUUGUGAGCGGGCAGAAGAAUAGUUACCUCCAAGGUGGCUCGAGCAUGGAUAAUCUCUUGUAG